GGUUUGACUGGCCUGAAGGGGACGCAUAUAAUUACUUCAGCAGAAAUAAAAUAAAAAUGGAAGAUGGAGAGCUUGAGUUUUCAAAUAGCCAGGAGAUGCUGUUAUCCGAUUUGAAUAUCAGUGAAUUACCAGACAGCAGUUUUAUGGACAGCUUUUUGAAUGAAAUCCUCAAGGACACUCAUGCAUGCACCCAUGCCCAUACCUGCAACCCGCCCGGACCCGACAACUCACACACCCACACCAGUUACCAUGUCCACACCAAAAUAGUUCCGCCUCCGCCUGUUGCUUCCAGUGAAGACAACACCGCAGAGUCAGUGGAUGAUAAGAAAGAAGGAAAGAAACGACCAUCUGGGAAUCGGGAAGCUGUCCGCAAGUAUAGGGAGAAGAAGAAGGCGAGGGCGGCAUUGUUAGAGGACGAGGUUGUGAGGUUGAGAGCUGUGAACCAGCAAUUGCUGAAGAGGUUGCAGGGGCAGGCGGUGCUCGAAGCUGAGCUGGUAAGGCUCAAGUGUUUGCUUGUCGACAUGAGGGGAAGGAUCGAGGGUGAGAUUGGGUGUUUUCCAUAUGAUUAUAAUAAGCAGCAAC